AUGGAGGGAUCGGCUUCGCAACACGGCGGACAUACUGAUGUCUAUGUUUCACUGGACGGUUGCGACUCUGAAAGCUGCGGUACAGUCCGUAAUCCAUGCAGAUCCAUUGCUAUGGCAGUUUACCAGAUGGACUGGAAUGGACAUAUCUACCUAAAUGGAAUUGGAACUGAAGAACGGCCUUAUGACUGCGAGUCUUCGGCAAUACAUGACCAGCAGAAAGGAAUUGUCGUUGAGAAAAGUUUGCACAUAGUAGGUUUACAUUCCACGCCAUACGUAUCAUGUACUGAAGGUUUUCGCUUUCUUACGAAGCAUGUGACUAAUCCUCUAAGUAUUGUCCUAUCGGACAUUGUUUUCGUUGGAACACCUCUAACAUUUUGGGAUUGUCACGCCUUAACGAUCUCCAAUUGUUCUUUCCGAGACUCGUUCAUAGCUCUGAGCGUUUACGUAAUACAUAACACAAGAAUGCAUAUCAACAUUGCUGGGUCUGUUUUCUUCAAGAACAACACUUUCUGCUUGAAAAUAUCUUGGCAAAACAGAGAAACUUUAAGUGAUCAGUAUCUAGUGAUGGAGGUGAAAGAAGCAAUUUUCUCGGAAAACGGCAAACAUUACUCUAUCGGUGGUUUAAUCACAGCCAAAUCUGAAGCCGCGCAUCCACUAAGUUUGCUCGUCAGAGUAUCUUGUUUCCAUAUUAAAGCAUUCAAAAAUUACGGUCAUUUCAUACAUCUUGAUCUCCCAACAGCCAAGACUGAAGAGAUCUACGAUAAUGUCAUGCUGUCCAACAAUUUCUUUGCUGAAUUGUCUCUUGACCACAACAGUCUGUACAACUCUGUUGCAAAGAAAACUUGCGCAAAGUUCAGUAACCUCAGAUGUUCCUCAAACCACUUACUGCGAUGUAUUACAAUUCAGUCUGAAGAAGCGAAAGUUGAAGUGUUAAAUUCUUCAUUUGAAGAGAUGCAACUUACAAACCAUAAUGGGGGAGCAAUGUUGUUCAAUUCAACAGGAAAUGGGUCUGUAUUCCUUUUCAACUGUAGUUUUCGAGGAAUUAAAGCUAGAGGCGGUGGGGCUUUGUUUGCUUAUAGUCAGCGUGGAACCUUGAAUCUGAACAUUACUAAGGUUAACUUCACUAAAUGCGCCGCUGCAAGUUAUGGAUGUGCAAUACUCGUUGCAGACCAAAUCAAAGGAACGAACAAAACCAAACUCGGCUCUAUCAUGUUACAAGCAAUUUUCCACGAGGUCAGGGUACAUCAUUGCUAUGGGUUACAUAACGGAUGCGACAGUGUUAGGCUCGAGUUAUCCGAUGGCAAGGUUGUUGUAAAAGAUUCCUCUUGGAGAAACAACAGCCAAUUUGUGACACGUUCAAUAAAGAUACUUAACACUGGUGGAAACACUGAUAUCCAUAUCUCCGGAUGUACAUUUGUCCAAAACAAUGCCAGUGAAAGUGAUGUUACAGUACAUGCAAGUAGGAGCCGAUUCGCAGGAAAUUUUCUGAUUGCUCACACCGUCAUGGUCAGUGGCACAAAUCUGUCAUGGCAAGCCUUGUGGAUAAACUCACACUUUCGUAUCGAGCUGUUCAACGUUGCUAUCAAACUCUAUAAAAGAGCACUCAACAUCAAUGCGUCAAAUGAGGUCUCGUUUUCAAAAGUAUCAUGGGGUCGUUAUCCAUUUUCUAUGUCAAUCAAGAACUGUACCUUUCACAAUAAUGUCCGUGAUAUUUUGGCCACUUCACCUGAUCCAACUAAGGUGGAACUAAUUAUCACGAACACGAUUUUCGUCACCAGGGAGGUGUUUCCUCGUUCAUAUGGCCUUCGAUUCUUUAUAAACCCUUUAAAAGAAAUCCCUUCUGCAAACACGACCAUCGAGAUGGACAACGUAACAUUUGCUUUGAAGCCAUGUAACUUCUUAGCUUUUCUGUUUCCAGGUAACAAGACCAUUCGUAUCAGAAGGUCUCAAUUCCGCAAUUGCCGCUGUUUAAAUCCAUGGUGUUGGAAAAAUUUCAGUAGUGCCUACCGUGUUUAUGAUUUAUCAGCUGGCGCUAUUUCAGUCGCCUCAAUUUCGGAUAAAAGGCUGAGUCCAGGAUGUGUCGACGUGAACGACUUCAACGAUACUCAUCGUCUCUGGGAAUACCAGACUCGUGUAGAGUUCGAAGAUACGUCAUUUGACGGUAAUGGUGGGGUAAUUGCGGGUGGUGUUUACCUCUGUAAUGGUCACACAACGUUCAAAAGAUGUCGCUUUAAGAAUAAUUUUGCUUCUGAACAUUCUGGACAUGUUUACUUAUCCGAUGGAACUGGAAAAGCAGAUUUUCUAGACUGUGUAUUCAGCUCGACAGUAAAAAACGUGAAAUUUAACGGUACGACGUUUCGAAAGUCAGCCUUCGUGCAUUCAGUUAGUGGAGGACCAGUUCGUCUCAAAAAUACAACGUUGAACUCUUUUAUAAUAGAAAAAGAUGUGUAUCCCGUGUUUGGCAUCUCUAGUCUGGGUUCCGUUCACAUGGAUAAUAACUCGAUCAUUCAGUGCCCCCCUGGUUGCAGCCUUUUGAUGGACAAUUCUUCGCAUUUUGCUCACUCUGAAUACAAUGGUAGCUUUUGUCGAAUAAAUGUUACAGUUCUGAAGUACUCUUGCCUGCGCUGCCCUACAGGUUUUUACAGCAUUUCACGUGCAACCUCUCGAGGACUGAUAUUGAACAGAACAGUAAAAUGUCAGCGAUGCCCGUUCGGUGCCAAUUGUGUCGAAAGAAAUAUAGUAGCCAAACCAAACUUUUGGGGCCAUCUAAAUGGUUCAUCUGACCCACCAUCACUGACGUUCACUGCCUGUCCAGAGCAUUAUUGUCGAAGUCCAGGCCCAGGCGCAAACGGUUAUAACAGUUGCUCAGGGAACAGAAGAGGAAUUCUGUGUGGUGAAUGCAUUCCAGGAUACAGUGUAACUGUGUUCUCACCAGAGUGUCGAAAGGAUGAAGAAUGUGACAACUAUUGGUUCUGGGUAUUGACAUUCUUAUUAACGAUUAUGUUAUCGUUAUACCUAUUAAGAAAACCCCCUACUCUAAGCUUUCUCGUCAAUCAGAUUAUUUGGUUUAGAAAGAAAGAAAGCCAACGGGACGACAGCGCGUCACAUCAACACGAUCCCCACACAGAUAACGCCUACAUAAAAAUAACUUUUUAUUUCUAUCAAGCUGCUGAACUUUUGAUUGUUGGAUGCAAAGAACGCCUUCUGAAAAAGGUGCCAUACAUGUAUGCGGUUACCGCCGCGUUCAACUUUAAACUACGCACCCUCAAUGAAGGUUUGGGCUGCCCUUUUGCUGGGCUAACAUCUGUGACAAAGCAAUUGGUUCUUUCUGGUACCGUUUUCUUGACAAUGGCUGACAUCGCUCUCAUUUAUUUCGUCCAUUGUGUUAUCAACGUGAUAACGCGCAACCAGAAGCCAUCCCUCUUCCAUUACAUGGCCGUCAUCAUAGAAGUGUUGCUGUUAGGUUACGAAAGACUGGCUGAAACUUGCCUCAAACUGAUGACCUGUGUCUCAAUCGGAUCUGAAAUGCGGCUUUUUAUCGAUGCAAAUGUUACAUGCAUGCAGUGGUGGCAGUAUCUCGUUCUCGCCUGCAUUGCGGUGUUUAUUGUCCCCUUCAUUAUUGUUCUUUACUUCGGAUCAUCCAAGCUUUACAAGGCUUCAAUAACGGCGACUGAAUUUCUUGCUGCGUGCGUGCUUCCAUUGCCAUUUCUUGUCUAUUGGCUUCGUAAGAAAGCCCAGAAACAACCUAGGAAUGAGUCUCUUGAAGCAAAAGUUGUUAACAAAGAUGUCAUGGAAGUACUUCAUGGUCCUUUCCGUCCACCUAAGAGCGACGAUAAAGGGACACUCUACUGGGAGAGCGUGCUGAUUGGCCGAAGAUUCAUUCUACUAGCUUGUCACUCGUUUAUAACAAGCCCAAUGCUGCGAAUGAUCGCCAUGGCUACAGCUUGCACUCUGAUAGCGCUCCACCAUGUAUCAAAGAAUCCAUUUCGAGAUCCAAUGGCCAACGGAGCCGAGACGUUGUCCCUUACUGCUUUGAUAGUAAUUUCCAUAAUCAAUCUUACUAAGGCAACCCUGAUAUCAUUUGGCAUCACAAUCACCGGGCCUUACAAAUAUUAUCUGGAAACCAUGGAGUGGUUUGAGGUUGGCGCGCUGGCGGCUGUGCCGGUUACACUGUCUGUUUUGGUCAUUGGUGCCAUUCUCUCCCAACUCGUCCGGGUUUUGUUUUUCCUUUUGGAGCAAGCUGCUAGAUGUUGUUAUUGGCAUGGCAGUGCUCAUUGGUCCAAAAAGGAAGAAAGAAAGCCCCUCUUGGAUUACACUCGUUGAGAACUUAAAAGAAACUUCUGAACA